CAAUGAUACAAACCUGGAGUAAAUGAAUUCGGGAACCAAAGAGUAGAGAAUAGAGAGAACUGUUAUGCUAAAUCUACUGCACGUGUGCAAUUGAGGUUAAGGUGUUAUUGGAAAAAUAUCAGAUGAAAUGUGUUGUUAAUUGCUAACUUCUGUGACAAGCCAAAAAUCAAGGAUGGCAGCCCCUACUCAUCCUUUGAAUGAAGAAUGUAUUACUUUAUUUCGCAGUGGCGUGGAAAGAAUUUUGGGUAACUGGACCGCGUUAAAGCUUGCAGUUGAUCACGGAACGGGCGGUCCUCGAAGUCAAGAAUUGGCAGACAACUUAGUGCAGUACAUUGGAGACAUAUUCUGUGAAGGAGGAAACGUAGAGCCAGAAGACAUUAGUGAUGUUCUUGUGGAGGUAAUGGAUACACAAUUUGAUACCUGGUUAGAAGAUAAUUCUCAAGAUGAAAUAUCAUCACUUUUGUGUAAACUCUACCAAAUGUGUUUGCAAGGAAAUGUUGAUGAACUAAAGAAAGAGGUAGAUAAUCUUCCUGUUUCAAGAGCAAAUCAAAGUCGACAAUGGAAUCCUGAGCCUCGUGAAAUAGACCAGUCACUUGCCCCUGUACCAGAAGCCAACACAGGGGACCUAGAGAUGGAUGAAGAGAGCGAGCCACAAGAGGAAGAAGAGCCUGGCUGGACACAGGUCACCAGGCGGAGGCGGGUGCCUUGACACGGCCUUGAUCAUUGUUAUUUAUUGAAACAUGUGUUCUCAUGUACAUGAGGGGGACUUAAGAGAGAAAAAUUCAUAAAUGAGAAAAUCCUGUAACUGAGAUUGAAUGUUAUGAGCAAAACAAAAAUUCGGUAUUUUAACAUUGGCGCUCCACUCCGGAUUUGCUAUCAAUGUUUCUUUCGAUUUAUCAAGUCAAAAGAAAAAACUUAAUGGUGAGAGCUCAACAAAACAUGCUCAUGGUGAAGCUACAUAUUUCUCCAGAAGCAGAACAAGGGGCCAUCUCAGCAUUUGCUCAAUGGAGCAGGGAAACUGAACCAAAACCUGAUUGAGACCAGAAGCUGCAGUACAUUACUUGUUAUGUAGAAGACAUGGGCAGAUCCUGGGAAAAAGAUUGUAUUAAUAUUCACACUUUAUGAAGCCAGUCUGUCAAUGUCAUUAUAAAUCUUUGAUUUCCUCAAGUUCCAAUAUUUCCUUUGAAUGACACCGAAGUUUUAUUGUGCAGUGUUGGUGAACAGUAAGCAAGGCCGCAAUGGAAGACACUAGCUCUCCUCUUUUUUUCAUUCUGAAUACUCUAAUUUAACCAUAAUGGAAAUCGAAGGUCACUACCUGGAAGAACACAAGGACAUUGUAAUUCAGUUGGGAGCUUCAAUAUCAAAACUGUAAGUUGUAACAAAGCUCCCAUUUGGAUGACUAUGUCCUUUUCUUUGCCCAGCUAAUGACAUUGAAGUGCCACUGUUUUUAAAUUGGGGUGUAGUUUUGUCCAGUGGAGUGUUAAAACUAGUUGAAACACCUUGUAGCAGCGAAAUUAAACAACCUGAAUACUGAAUUCAACCUGAAAAUUCCUUGGGGUCCUUAACAAUAACUUAAAAGUUCAUCAUUUGAAUGUUAUACGGUUUUAUAGGGACUUUCAUUAUGAAUGUAUAAGUGUGAAAACCAGCAGCGUGGUGUUGAACACUAAACCUAAUUUUGAAUUGUUGAAUUUAAAUUUGCUUGCAAAAUUUGCAUAAUUUGCAGGAAAUAAAAAUUCAGUGCCUUAGUAAAUUCUUGAUAGUAUCCAUAUUUCAUCAGCGAUACUAAUACUACUAAUAGAUACAAUAUUUUAAAUUGAAAUGUAAAAUCAAAGGUAACACAAAAAAAACAAAAAGUCAUUUAGCAUAGAGCCAUCUUAUUGACCUUGGUAUCUCCCAUCCAUAUCCAUCUUUUGUUUAUGAAAUCGGUCUCCCGCUUCUUCACUUAGUGGUUCUUUGCGUUCUUUCUAGUGUGUUUUGGAAAUAAGAACAGAGUAAGUGUAACUUCCAUUUCAUAUUACAUCUGAUUGAGUUUUGAUUAAUUGAACACUUUUGAUUCUGACAAAAAUUGACAUUUUUGAACAAUAUGUUCAAAACAAGGGCCAUGAUUUGUCCAAGGCUUUAAUGAAUUGCUACAUUAUUCCUAGUUUGAUAUGUAAAUGGGAUAGAAAAAUUUUCUGUGAAUAAAUUAGAGAGCAAUUUAUUUCAUUUUUGUCCUUGGCAGUAAAUGUAUUAUUUUCAGCCGUGCUGUAACUCACUAGUCUUUCUCUGUCUCUGGAGCCUCAUUUACUUAGGAAACACUAUAAUGUAAGGAAUCCUCCCUGUUGUCUUAUGAUUAGAGCCUAGAAAUUUGGAAAAAUGACUGAUUAUUAUUGUUACAAUUUCAUUACUUUUAACAAUAGCCAUCACUUAAUCAUAGGUUUUAAUACAUUUUUAUUUGCCUAUUUCAACUUCUGAUUUCCAUUUUUGGUAUUUUGCCCAUUUCUGCCUUUUUCGUCAGCAUAAAUUUGUGCUACUUAUGGCAUGGAGAUUAUCAUUAAAAUCCCUCAGAUGGACACAUAACUUGUCUAGCAUAGCAUGCAGUAGAACCUCGCAAAUCCAAAAUUUCAGAUAAUCGAAACAAAAUUCAGGAUGGAGGAAAAAUAAACAGUAUAAAUGAAAGACUUAUUUGUAGUGCAAAAAAAGUAUUUUAUAAUUUAUUACUGUAGAACUGAACAACUAAUUAUUUAAACACAAGUUGUUGAAAUGAAACAUUUAUUCCACUAGUAACUAUGGUGUAUAUCCCAUGUUGCAAAUUCAGUAACUUUGUUUUGCUGUAAGGAACUGAAUUUCCUUGAUGAUGCAAUCACUAAGCUGUGUUGUCAUUUUCUCACAUCGCACACUAAGUUGCAUUGUCUGGUUAUCCUACAGAUGAAUUUCAAUAUGUACGGGUCAUUUUUUCAGAUAAUCCGAACAGACCUCACCCAUAAUUAGUUCAUAUCGCUGAUGUUCUACUGUAUUGUGAAUCUAAGUCAUUAUCAUCACAAUUACAUGAAAUUAAAUAUUUGUUGUUGUGCAACUAGUCUACAACUUGAUAGAUUGUCCAUUUUUACUCUCUAACAUAUACUUUUUAAUUCGUACUAGAACUUGUAUACAUAUUCAUCCUAUACAUCACACACCAAAUUGUGUAACAAUCAGGUGGUUGAAUUCCCCUUUAUGGAGAAUGUCGGAAUGUAAAUUCUAUAAAUGAAUGCAUUGUGGUACAUAAUACUGAUUUUGAUCUUUACACAACUCCUGAAAUCUCUUUUGUGAAUUUAAUCAAAGACAAAUUGUUAACAGGUUUUGUUUAAUUAUGUAAUUUUGGGUGAUUGCCUGUGUCAAAAUUUCUGUUUUUUCCGAAUGGCAUAAUUUCAAUCAAGCUAGAAAUAUAUCGGUCUACCUGGACAACAAGAAGGCAUGGUAGUGUUUUGUCCUGAGGUAGCUGAGGCUCCAGGGCCAGGUAGUGUUAAACAUUUAAAUGACAGGCUGAUACCAGUCAAGAUUUUUAUUUUUUCAUUGAAGUUGUCAGGCUUUGUUCACUCACAAGGAAUCCCAUCCUCCUUUUGAGUAUGACCUCCUAUCCCUGUUCAGCAAUAGGUCUCCGAGACAGCUCUCUGUACAUGAUAUAGCCUUCUCAGUGCUGGCAAUGACACUAGUGGGAAGAAUGAAAAAUGUACUCUCAUUUUCACUGAUGCCAUUUCAAUAUUUCAUAAUAGCACUUUAUGUGGUCAUGGGAAUCAAGAUUACAAAGAAAAAAUAGUUUCCAUUCAUAUGAAUACUAAUGUAAAUUUAGAGUUAGAAUAAAACUGUGAAUCAUUUUAAUUGUUAAUUUUGUACAAUAAUUCCUUUUAAAUGGUGAUUUUGCAUUGUUCAUAUGCCUAUUUUGGUUGCCUACUUAUUUCGGGUAAAAUAUAUGACAGAACAUCCACAUUCUACUCAUGUUGUUUAGAUGGUUAAUGCAUCCAGAGAGUGGAAAGAAGUGGUAGUACUCUGAAAAUGGUAAUGGUUGUGCUGGAAUUGGAACUUCUGCUUCAUGUGGUAGGAGUCUCCUUUGCUGAUGGCAUAUUUGGAUAUGAGAUGGCUGUCUUCUUUCUAAUUAAAUACAAAUAUUUUUCUCAGUCAAAAAUUAGAAUUUGUAGUAAUCUUGCUGUACAAGCCAAACUAUAUGAAAAUCAAAAGGCGUAGUUGAAUGACCUCUUUGUUUCACCACCAUCUUAAAUUUUCUAUACAUACUUUACAAAUGAUAUUUUUUGUAAAAACCUUUUGCCUUGAUCCUUUUUCUCUUUUUCCCUGCUUAUUAAUCGCUCAACAUCCACAUAUGUAACUAAAACAAUUUAGAUUGUUCACCCAGCCUCUUCUACAUACCUCACACAUGACAUUUUUUCAUAGGUCUACUGGCCAAAGAUAACAUUGCUCAAUCUGUUUCUGUUGAAUACCAAGUCGACAGUAUGGUGAGUGCAGUGCUUCAGUGUAGGAUUGUUCAUAAGUAAUGGAUAAGAACAGAGCCCAGUUUUGAGGUCUUAAGUCAUUAUUAAAACCCAUGCUACAUAGUGGUGCUGAACAAGAGAGUUCAAUCUCAUAUAAAAUGAUUUCAAAGUUGCAAAUAUGUUUGUGCUAAAUGCACUUUAUACUAAAUCUGUGUGUAAUACAGCA